CACUAUUUGGACAGACUGUCCUAAAUAAAUUUGGGGCAGACUCAGAAGCUGCAUAAUGCUGAUGAAAUAGCUAAGGGAGCUUUACGGAUCCAUUAUAACAUGGUCUGCUGGGAUGGCUUCUAAGCUCAUGGACAGACUGCGACGGACACUGUUCAAAGAAGGAGAAGUAGUCUCUAAGGAGCCAAUUGAUGUAACAGAGGAAAGCUUCCCAGAGAGUUCUGAGUUAGAGGACGAUACAGAGUGUGUCUCAGAGCGGCUUGGGGGAACACUCUGCUUCGAUGGGGAGAGCGCCCUGGAAUCCGAAGACCCAGGUGAGGCCUCAGGACCAGACAGUGACUCAGACUACCUUGGAGAGUCCAUAGAGGAUGGAUUCAGCAGCACAGACACCAGCCCAGUGGGCCCGUCUCCUGGAGGCUCAUCCCUACUCACACGUCAGCUGCAGGAUAGCUGGAGGAACUUAAGAUUCCACAGUGUUCCUCAGAAGCUGGUGUUUGAAGUGACUGAUGCCAGUGUGGUGCAAGAGAGCUCAUCCAAGUAUGUGCUCUACACCAUCCAUUUGAUCCAGUCUGGGAUGUUUGAUGAAACCCCCGCCGCCAUCACCCGGCGAUACACUGACUUUAAGCGCCUGCACAGCUGCCUUCGCCGUCGUCACAGGGACAACAUGGAGCGCGUCGGUUUCCCCCGCAAGAAGCUGCGUAAAAACUUUGUGGCUGAGACCAUCGCCAAGCGGAGCCGAGCGUUUGAGCAGUACCUGACCCACAUGCACUCGUUGGCUGAGCUGCGGCGCUCGCCCACCUUUCUGGAGUUCUUCUACCUGGGUGACCUGAAGGCUGGCCAGAUGCUGAUGCGUGUGGGCCGUUACCAGGAGGCCCUGGGCCCUCUGCUCAAUGGCCUGAGGCUCCAGGAGAAGCUAGGCUGUGAGCAGCAGGGAAAGCAGCAGCCCCAUCACCAGCAGGGCACCCACUGGCUCUUCACCCUGUUGGCCCUGGUGACCUGCUUCCAGGAGCUGGAGCAGCUGGGGGAGGCCCAGGAGCACUGUGACCGAGCCCUGAGGGACCUGGCCCCCUCACCGGAGGCCUUGCAGCAGCACCACUUUCACCCACUGCUCAUUCCUCUUCUCCAGACCAACGUCAGACUGUCAUGGAAGAUCUCUAAGGAUAAGCGGCAGUGGGAAGUGCUGCUUCAGGAGAUCCAGGACUCUGGGGCUGAUAUAGGGAACCAGCCCAGCCUGAAGGAGUACCUGAUGGAGGCCCUGGUGGAGAGCGAGGGAGACACUAAGGCCAAGCUCAAAAGGGAGAAGGCCACUUAACCCAAAGAUAAUGGUGCUCAUAGUUAUGAGGAAAGAAUUUCAUGUAACCUAGUAAUGAGGGAUUUGGUCUUUGGUCUCUUGACAUGUAUUUCCCACAGCACUGUCUGAACUGUUAGACAUUCUAAUUUGAAUACACUCAACCUACCAAGUCAUGCACAAAUAGCAGAAAACAAUCGCAUGUUAUUGUAUAUAAAGUUCAAAUUAUUUGCUUGAUUGUUUUAUCUUGUAAAUUGUAGACAUGUUAGUCAUUUUUAUCCACAUUAUAUUUGAUACAGCUGCUUGGAAAUAAUUUAUUAAACGUAUUUUUCCAAAACAGUUAACAGCAAAUAAUAGGUCACUAUUUCUAAAAUAUUCCUGCUUUUUAAAACCUUUUCAAUUAUGCCAUUCACAUUCUUGAGAUUUAAGUGGAUUAAUAACUUUAGGAUGACAAAAGGAUAGAACAUGCAUUUUUAAGGACAAACUUUGCACAAGUUAAAGUAAUAAUUUUCUACCUGUGAGGUAGAUAUUAUUUUCUUGUUUACACAUUAAAGAAAAACCAAUGUCUGACAGCUCUCCUACUUGUUAGCAAGGAAUUGUAAUCAUUAACUAAUUUGUUUAUAUUGCUAUAGUAUUAUGCAGCCUCUGUACCAGAUUUGGAUUUGUCACUUUAAUGUCAAUAUAGACUUACAUAAGGGAAAAUAAUUCAGGUUUGUUUCCUUUCAUGAGGGAGGAGGAGCGAAAUAAGAAUCUGAAUGCACAGCUGGAAGCGUAUUUUUGCCAUACUGCAGGCAGUAACUGAAAUAGGUCUUGUAUCACUAAUGACGUUAUUUCAAAGCAGACCUACAAUCCUGUGAUAGAGCAGGGAGGUAAACCUUUUGUUGCACUGUGAAAUAGGCUAGUCUAUAUGCUUGAGUGACAAUUUCAAACUAACCUAAGAAUUUUCUCAAUAGCCUAGAUUAAACACUUGCAACAAUGUUACAUCUUUCUCUGAAAGUGCCUGCCUUGCACCUUUGAACUCUUGCCUUAACAUUUCACUCUUUCUUUGUAUACUAAAAUGAUUGAAAUAUGUAUUUUGUUUAAUAAAUCUAUCUCCCAAAAAA